AUGGCAGACCACACGCCCGGAGGAAGCAAGGACAAGGAAGUGGGUAGGGCCAGCAGCGGAGUGUCGGCGAAAUCAACAACGGACCCCAUCCUGCGCAAUGCGUUGCGGUACACCAUUUCGGCCAGGGAGUACGAGACGCUGCAUAGGUAUAUCCUGUCCAGGUCGAAGGUGCUGAAGAGGGCUACGCCGAGUGUAGCGCGGGUGGAGCGGUUGGAGACUCAGCUGAGGGGAGGUGUUGGGGCGAGUGGGAGUCCUACCGGUACUGGAGAGGGAGGGCACGUCGCUGUCGGCGUGGGUGGGGGAGGCUUCGGCGCGGAUUACAAUGCUGCUGCUGUGAGGGCUAGUGUGAGGCUCUUUGUGGCCAGUAAUGCUGCGUUGAAGGUCUGGGGGUUGAUUGCUGAGCGGGUGCUGGGGAGAGUGAGGGACGUGAGGUCCAAGAAUCCCCCCUUCUACCGCUCCCCCAACUUCCGGCUCUCCCUCUCCCUCAGCACAAUCCUGCUCCUUCAUAGACUCCUCUUCCGCUUCUUCACGCGCCUACGACUGCAUCUCCUCACUCCCGAAGCGCGUCCCUUCCGCGAGCGCAAUAAACGCACCUCCAAGACCCUCACAUCUUCCCUCGCUCCGGCGAUCGGUGCCAGUUUGGCCGGCUUCGCAUUGGCAAUCAACCCGGCUGAGCAGCUCCGAGUUACCAUUGCCAUUUACGCGCUCUGUAGAGCGGGGGAAUUUGGAUACAGACUUGCCGAGAGCGAGGGGUGGAUAUGGAAGAAGGGGGUAAAUGGACAGGGGUUGGAGAGGCCGUGGUGGUGGGGUAGUUGGCUGUUGUUUCCGCUUACGAGUGGACAGCUGCUUCAUGCCUUUGUUUUUGACCGGGACUGUUUUCCGAAGGCAUACGGAGACUUCAUCAUGAAGUACUCGCCGACAUACGCACAUUCCCGACCAGACGACUAUCCGAAGAAUCUACCCUGGCCAGGUCAAUACCAGAUGGUCGACUCGCUUGCCGAGAUGGCGAAACUCAGAUACCCCAAAUUCAUCUCCCCAAUCCUGUUCCCAAACACCAGCACUCUCCCCCCAAGCCUCUCCGCCAUCUCUCCUAUAGCAUCCCCAGCGCACCCUCUCAUAACCUCACUCACAUGCGCAACUCUCCACCCCACCGACCCAUCCUGCAUGAGGACAUACGUCUCCCACUACUUAACCACAAUCCCACCUCUCGCCCGGUUUUUCACCCUUAUAUUCUCCCUCCUCUCCCUCCCAGCUUACAAACGCUUCUACAACUCCCCACUUACGUCUCUUAACUCCCUCGCCUCCCGUAUCCUCCGCUAUUCUCUCUUCACAUCGGGCAGUAUUGGGACUUCCUGGGCCGCAAUCUGCUUCUUCCAGCAAUACUUCCCUUCCAAGCUCCUCUCCACCCAGCGUUUCUUCCUCGGAGGCAUGCUCGGUGGCCUGUGGGGCUUCGUAGUCAGGAGAGAAGCGAAAGGCGAGUUCAUGUACGCGCUCCGGGCGAGCAUCGACAGCGCGUGGAAGGUUGGCAAGAAGAGGGGGUGGUGGAGUGGGGUCCGGGGCGGCGACGUGUGGAUCUUCGUGACGAGUCUGAUGGUUAUCAAUGCAGUCUUUGAGAGGGACAGCGGGGCUGUGGAUUCCGGCGUUAUGCGGAGGUGUCUUACCUUUCUCCGAGGAGAGGGGCUCAUUGAUAGAUAUGGAGAGGAAAAGAAGAGGAUUCAAGAGGAGGAGAAGAGGAAGAUGCUGUGA